AUUUGAGCUUGCAAGUGGUCGUCAUGUAUUUUGGGUUUGACGUUGCUCACGUAGUUUGGUUCGUUUCUUGUCAACAACAUGGUCUAGAGUACUAUUUGAUUGUUUGAAAAGGGUAUGGGUGUACAGAUUUCUCUUCAGGAAUUAUGCUAGUUCGGUUUGUGGGGUUUACAGGGAAUAUGGCAUUGACUGCUUUCUUCCUGUAUUGGUGGGGUAUACGUCAAUUUUCUUCUUUCGCCCUUCCGAGUGCCUUUUGUGGACCUUAGGUGCAGCUUUAGUUGACUCCAGCAUCUGGCUAUUAGAUGGGCCCAGUUGUGUUGGCGGGGCAGAAAAUUUCUGAGCUAUUGUUCUGAAUCAUUACUCUUUGAAGCUGCAAUAUGCUAAUCCUUUUGAGACUUUGAGAAUUGCAAGUUUUUGUUGCAUCUUGACUUCUACACUUUCUGUGCGCCUCCCGUGCUUAUUUUUAGAACUGGGUGUGCUUCAAUGAAGAAUAUUGAUCUGCCUGUGCAGUAGUAGGCAUUCCGAAGGUAGUGGACGCGUAGAUGUGGCGCGAAUUGCGCCUUUGUUUGGGAGCUUGAUCAGUCAUGGCGUGUGCUCUGUCUGUCUCGGGGAUUUUGUGUGCGUCCCAAGCUGCAACAUCAUUUUCAAGUGCGAAACCCACGAAAUCCCAACCUCAUCCUGUCCAGCUCAAGGCCUUUGUCCCAAUUUCUCAGCCUGCUGCUCUCAAAUCUGCCAGUCUUGUCGUCUCCCCUUCUCGCACCAGCCAUGCAAGUGUUGAAGCUGAGACGGAGCCCUUCACGCUUGCCAACAUCCGAGAGUCGCUAAUUCGGCAGGAAGACACUAUUAUCUAUGCACUUCUUCAACGUGCACAGUUUAGCUUCAACGCUCCUACAUAUGAUGAAAAUUCUUUCUCUAUUCCAGGAUUUAAAGGCUCAUUGGUUGAGUUCAUGCUGAAAGAAACAGAGACUCUGCAUGCCAAAGUGCGGAGGUAUCAAGCGCCCGACGAACAUCCUUUCUUUCCUGAGGACUUAUCUCAACCUAUUUUACCCAGCCUUCCAAAGUCCAGAGUCCUGCACCCAGCAGCAGAGAAAAUCAACAUUAACAAAUCUAUAUGGAGCAUGUAUCUUCAAGAUCUCUUACCAAAGCUCACCGUACCAGACGAUGAUGGCAACUAUGGCUCAGCUUCUGUGUGCGAUGUUCUCUGCCUGCAGGCUCUCUCUAAACGUAUACACUAUGGCAAGUUCGUGGCGGAGGCGAAGUUCAUAGAGGAUCCUGCGAGGUUUGAGGGCCAUAUCAAGGCGCAGGAUGGAGAUGCAAUAUUGAGAGAAUUAACCUUCAAAAAUGUAGAAGACAAUGUGAAGAGGCGAGUUGCAAACAAAGCUAGAGCUUACGGUCAGGAAGUUAACGAGCAUGGGAAAGUUGACAAUGCGAGGUACAAGAUCGAUCCCGACCUUGCGGGUGCUCUUUAUGAGGAUUGGGUCAUGCCUCUAACGAAGCAGGUACAAGUGGCCUAUCUUCUUCGGCGUCUGGAUUAAAUCACUUAAAUUGUGGUAGUUGGUUUGCGAGUUGAAGAGGAUUAUAUGCACGACGCAGUUAAACGUGAUUUCUUCACUCUUGAGCGAGGUUUUGCUUAGGGAUCGUUUUAUCUGUCAUCUUUCCAGGGGCAUCUCGGAUGUCUCUUUGUUAUUAGGUUUUGCUGCCAGUGCAUUUGUUUACCUGAUAAGAAACAUUCUAGAAUAGCUCUUAGUAUUAGAAGUUUCAUCUUCGAGCUCAACCCGAUAUAAUUUGAUCCUAGAAAUCAACACUGGAAAAACGUUUCUUGUUCUCGAUAGGCCGUUGAAUGCAUCACAUUAUAUGAGCGAUUUUUUGCGCUUUCUACAGAAAUCUGUCCAUGUUAAAUAAAACCUGUUUCUCCUUGCCAACACA